UAACCAUAGAACCAAUCAUUUUGUGUUAUUAUUCUAGUGUGUCAAAGGUCUUCAUCUAAUCUAGACCUGGUGUGUUGUCAGCUGAGUGUGUACAUUGUCCAUCGUCGCAGAAGUUUAGGUCCAACCACUGAUAAAGUGAUAUCAGUUGUGUUACUUUAUCUAGAUCUAGAUUCUCUAGUAACUUAAUGCCUUCAGUGUCACAUAUACAAGCAGCCUUUUAAUUUUAUUUCGAAUCGUUUAAGUAGUGUCUCAGUAUUCAGUAAACUCAAAUUAAUUUAAAGAAAAUAGGCUCUUUGUGACUUAGCCUAGCUACUAGCUAGGCCUAAUAUUCAAUUAUUAUUUAUUACUAGAUAUCUAAUUAAUACGCGGGUCCAAUUAAUACACCCCAAUAGCCCACUAACUAGUAAUAGUAGUAGUACUAGAUCUAAUAUUUAAUAUGUGGACAGUAACAGUGUCAGUUAUGUCUGUUAUGACAAUAUACUUCAGUUUUUUUGGUAUUGUGCUACUUUUUUCCUUGGUUGAAUCAUCAUAUUCACAACAGAUUCCAUCACUCUGCAACACAGAUUGCAAAGUAGAUAUUAACACAACUGAAACAUACAAAGUUUGCCAUGAAUUCCAUCUGACUAUGGAGCACAGGUGUUGCAUCAACAGAACCCAAGCAAACCAGCUUGAUGUUGUUGGCAUUGAUCUGCGAGAGUGUAGCAUCACACAGGAGAUGAUUGCCUCUGGUUUAAAAGAUAUUCACACUUUACAAUACAUCUCAUUGGAGGGAAACAACAUCAGUGCAUUAGCUAACACAGACUUUCAAAACAACCCAUCAAUUCUUUAUCUUUCACUUCCCAGCAUCUUAGAGUGUCCUGGGGGUAAAGUUGCCUGGGAGUCAGUUAACCUAACAGAUAAGGGCAGGCUGUGUCUGACAGAACUCAACCCGUGUCAGUAUGAAAAUGUGUCCUGUCCAGUCAACUCCCACUGUGAGCAUUAUGGGAUUGAUUUGUUUGAAUGUUUAUGUGAUGAAGGCUACUAUGGUUAUAAAUGCAUGAAUCAGGGAACAUUUCCAGCUGUACCAUUUGCCAUUGGCCUGUCAGUCUCUACUUUUGUUUUGUGUAUUUUCCUGUGGGUCACCCAGCGCAGAUACGUCAUUAGCAAGGCCAGUGACAAGAAGAAAUAAACUGCAGUAGAGGCUGUUACUGUUAACUUUUAAUGAGAAGUUACAGAAGUAUUUUAAGACUCUCUUGGUAGUAUUGAUCUGAAAUAGGGGGCUUCCUUGAGGAUGGUAUGAGCAGGGAAUGAGAGGAUGGUAUGAGCAGGGAAUGAGAGGAUGGUAUGAGCAGGGAAUGAUGGUUUGAAUCAGAGGAUGGUAUGAGCUGGGAAUAAUUUUAAAUGAGUGGAUGAUAUUGGCUUGGAAUGGUGGUAUGAAUAAUGUUUAAAUGCUUUUAACUGGAUGACCUGUAUCUUUGACCUAAUGUUUAACAUCCCACUAUCUACUGAAGUUUUCAUUUGGUUUAUACAGUAACAUGUAUAUACAUUUCAUGUGUGGAUUUGCUUUUAUUGAUAAACAUAACACAUUUUCAAAAAAAAAUUAUCACCAAUAAAAACAUUCCGUUGUAA